UAAUGAUAAAUUUAUCUGACAGAGAAAAAGAGCUCAUUGAAGAGAUAUAUGCAAAAAAUACUAAGUCAAAUAAAAAGAUUAAUCAUGAUUAAGGAAGUCAAAAAUUAGUCAGUCAAUCAAGUACCAAAAUAUUAGUGUCUAAAUUGGAACGUAAAUUGAAUGAUGUAUUUUAUAUUCCAAUAAUAGACAUUAAAAGAAGUUGAUGAACAAAAUAGUGGACAAAUUAAUUUCUAACAAUUAGGACGAUUAUUUACAUUACUAGACAUAUUCUAAACUAUCUCAUAUAAUCAAGAUUAUCAGUUAGAGACACAAGGUCUCAAUAAUCCUAUGCAAAAGUAACACCAAAUCUUUAAGGUAGACAAUAAGAAGUAGAUUUACAUGAGAAAGCAUUUGCAAUCAUAUCUAACGAUGAAGAGAAGGUUGAUAUACAAGCAGCCUUUUGUUUGUUUAGAAUAAUCUUGGAUCCCAAUUAAUUAGAACCAUCUAAAUGUGCUAUUUUAAUUAAAGAGUAUUUAGAGAAAAUUUCUGAGAAAGAAUUUGAUUAUGAAGCAAUCUAUAAAUUUUGCUCUGAAUUCUAAGCAUAUUAAAAAACUCGUUUAUCUGGAACCAAAAUAGGCUAUUUAAAAGCAUCUUUAGCAUAAAAUUUAAUAGAAACUUAUGAAAAAACAUUAACAUUCAAACCAACAAUUAAUCCUAUUAGUGAAGCUUUACAAUAAUAAUCAGGUAAGAAAGAAAAUUAAGAAUCAUCAUCUCAAAUAUCAUCAGGACUUGCAGAAAGUAGAGUAAAUGAACUUUAUAAAAAGAAGGAAUUAUCUAAUCAGAAGAUAGAGUUUUUAAAAUAAGAAAAAUUUAUGAAAGAUAUGUAAGAAUGUACAUUUAAACCAUAAAUUAUUUCAAAAAAAGAAUUACCUAAUGUGAUUGAUAGAUUAUAUUAAGUGAAGAAUAGAUUAGAGAUUGAAGAGAGAGCUAAAAUAGCUGAACAAGAGAAAGAAGAAUCAGAAUAUAGUAAAUGUUCUUUUCAUCCUUAAAUUAAUUAUUCUAUGCCUGAAUCAUAAUCAACUGGAAUUGGUGGAUAUUGGGAAGCCAUUGAGAGAAUGAGAAGAGCCAAUGAUAGGAAACAUUUAAAAGAUCUCAAAUUAAAUCAUAAGCCAAGUGGAGAAAACUAUGAGAAAGUUAAGAAUCAACCCUUUUCUCCUCCAGAAAUGUUAUAGAGAAGAUAAUUCAAAAAAGAAUUACCAAUCCUUUAUAUUGAUAUAAAAUUAGGACCUAGAAAAGUAGGAAGAUUAGCAUUGAGAAGAAAUGAUGACGUUGAAGAAGUAGUUAAAUCAUUUUGUAAGGUUUGGGGAGUAGGCUAAUAAGAUUAUGAAUUAUUAGUAAAUUAAGUUAAGGAAAAUCUACAAAGGUAAAUAUUAUUUAUAUAUUAUUAUUCUAGUGUCAUUCAAGAAACAGAUGAAUCAUAAAUUUGA